AUGUUAAUACCAGCCGGUGUAGUCGGUUUAUGGUGCUGCUGCUGCGGAUUGCGGAGUCCGAGACAGAUGUUGCGCCAUCAGAGCCUCCUCAAAUGCCGCUGCCGCAUGUUGUUCAAUGACCUGAAAGUCUUCCUGCUCCGGAGACCCCCCGCGCCCCCUCCUCCCCUCCCCAUGGACAGCGGAGCCCCCCGCCCGGGCGGGCCGGCGGCCAACAACACCCUGCCCGCGCUGCAUGGGGGGCGAGGGGGCGCCUGGAGGGCGCCGGCCGCAGGGGGGGGCGGCCCGGCCAGCCCGCCCGAGGAGGAGUGGAGCAGCCCGGCCGGCGAGCCCCCCGCGUCUACCCUGAGCAGCGCGUCCUCGGAGGACUUCUGCAAAGGGAAGGCGGAGGACAGGUACUCGCUGGGCAGCAGCCUGGACAGCGGCAUGAGGACCCCGCUCUGCAGGAUCUGCUUCCAGGGGCCCGAACAGGGGGAGUUGUUGAGCCCGUGUCGAUGCGAUGGAUCUGUGAAAUGCACUCACCAGCCUUGUCUGAUCAAAUGGAUCAGCGAGAGAGGCUGCUGGAGCUGCGAGCUGUGUUACUACAAGUAUCACGUCAUUGCCAUAAGCACAAAGAACCCUCUGCAGGUAAAGUGGCAGGCCAUCUCUCUGACAGUCAUUGAGAAAGUUCAGAUCGCAGCAGCCAUCUUGGGUUCCCUCUUCCUCAUCGCCAGUAUCUCGUGGCUCAUCUGGUCGACCUUCAGUCCUUCCGCCAAAUGGCAGCGCCAGGACCUGCUCUUCCAGAUCUGCUAUGGAAUGUAUGGCUUCAUGGACAUUGUCUGUAUAGGUCUAAUAAUACAUGAAGGGCCCUCGGUUUACCGGAUUUUCAAACGGUGGCAGGCAGUAAAUCAACAGUGGAAAGUGCUGAACUAUGACAAAACAAAAGACAUGGAGGAUCAAAAAACAGGGACCAGGACAAACCUCCGAACCUCCUCCCAAACCAACCAUUCGUCCUCCGCCGGUGGUACAGCCAGCAACUCCACUCCAGCCGACAAUGGGGUCCGGGGCACUAGCCACGCCACCGGUACCCUGUCUGACCACCACUGUGCUUACACCAUCUUGCAUAUACUCAGCCAGCUGAGGCCUCACGAACAGAGAAGCCAGUCUAGCGCUAACAGAGAGCUCGUCAUGAGGGUCACAACAGUCUGAG